UUCUUCUUCAUCUUCUUCAUAAUCACUCUGUUUUCCCCUGUUUUCAAAAACCCAUCAAAAAAAUCUCAAAAAAUUUUCACCAUGAGAACCAGUAAUCACUUAAUAGGUUUACUAAACUUCUUCACUUUCUUAGCAUCAAUCCCAAUUUUAAGCGGUGGAAUCUGGUUAAGCAGCAGAGCAAACAACACAGAUUGCUUAAAAUUCCUUCAAUGGCCAUUAAUAAUAAUUGGGGUUUCAAUAAUGGUUGUUUCUUUAGCUGGAUUUGCUGGUUCUUGCUACAGAAACACUUUUUUGAUGUACAUUUAUCUAUGGGCAAUGUUCUUUAUCAUUGCUGCAUUAAUUGGAUUUGUGAUUUUCGCUUUUGCUGUUACUGAUAAAGGGUCGGGUCGACCCGUUAUGAAUCGGGCUUAUUCCGAAUAUUAUUUACAAGAUUAUUCCGGUUGGUUGGAACAAAGAGUUUCGAGUCAAAGCUACUGGGUAAAAAUAAGUUCGUGUAUAAGGGAUUCGCGAAGUUGUGGUAAGAUGAGAAGGAUUUACAAUGGAAUUCCGGAGAGUGUUGAGAUGUUUUAUCUAAGGAAACUUAGUCCUAUCGAGUCUGGUUGCUGCAAGCCUCCUACAGAAUGUGGCUACGUUUAUCAGAACGAGACGGUUUGGGUUCCCGGAGGAGGACUAGUUGGUGCUGAUCCAGAUUGUGUUAAAUGGAGCAAUGAUCAAGAACAGCUCUGUUACAAUUGUGACUCUUGCAAAGCUGGUGUACUUGCUAGCCUUAAAAAGAGUUGGAGAAAAGUGUCUGUUAUCAACAUAGUCAUAUUAAUCCUCCUUGUUAUCAUGUAUAUGGUUGCCAUCGCGGCGUUUAGGCACAACAAACGGAUCGAUAACGAUGAGCCUUAUGGAGAAACAAGGAUGGAGAAGGCUCAACCUAGCAGGAUACACUUUUAAAAGAGUCACAACAGAGUAAAGCUUGAAAUGUAUUUUUAUGUUUAAUUUUGGUUAAGUUUUAGUAGUCUUUGUUUAUAUCUCAAGAAAACACAGAUUGUAAAUCUUGUAUUCAUUGUGGUGUAUUUUCAUUUAAUUAAAUUCUAAACCUAUCUAAGUUUGGUUUUGAUGUUGUUUUGUUCCCUUUAGUGUAGCAAGCUUGCUAUGAGAGUUGAGUAAUUAAACUUUUGACAUUAGUGUUGUGAA